AUUCGAUGUGGGAGUUGAAGUUGUCGUCUUUCCCUGAGUUCGCAGGCCACUUGUUUCAAUGGCUCUUCAGCUUGUAGUUUCAGUUCCUGGUUGCGUUGGGCGCUUCAACUCAACUGUGUGGUCGCUGCCUCCACGAAAAGUUAAUACCUUUGCUACUUUGUCACAGCCCCGAAGCGACACAGCCAACUGGGUUGAAGCAACUUCCACUUUCUUCGACCAAGACAAACGACCCAUCAUGUUGUUUGACGGGGUAUGCAACUUGUGCAAUGGGGGUGUGAAGUUCGUUCGUGAUAAUGAUCGAAAUAAGACAAUUAGAUAUGAACCUCUUCAGAGUGAAGCGGGUAAAAUGUUGCUUCGGAGAUCAGGAAGAGCUCCUGAUGAUAUCUCAAGUGUUGUACUUGUUGAAAAGGACAGAUCAUACAUAAAGUCAGAAGCCGUGCUGAAGAUAAUGGAAUACAUAGACUUGCCCUUUCCACAGCUAGCAUUUCUUCUUCAAUUUGUGCCUUUGUUUAUCAGAGAUUUUGUUUAUGACAAUGUUGCAAACAAUCGUUACGUGAUUUUUGGUCGUUCAGAAUCAUGUGAAAUAUAGCAUCAUCCUGGCAUGAGUACUAGUGGUGAUAGUAAAGUGCUAAGUUCAAGAACUAGGAUUCUUUCUGGUUGGUUGAAGUUAGAUCAUGUUGUCCUCAAAUCUUCUAGUUGAAGUUUCCGUAUACUGUAUAGCAACUUUACGCUUCUAAAUUAAUUGUUUUAUUCUAUAGUAGCCGAGCGGAACAUCAAUUCAUAAUAAUAUCUUCUGUACCGUACGAUUUUGCAAUUUCAAUUUUGUCAGGAGACACUCCCAAUUUCCUAUGUUCAUCAGCGAAUCAUUAAAGAAGUUGUUUAACUGUAUUUAUUUAUUUAUUUAUGACCAUUCAUGUUUAAUCGUUUCUAAGUAACCUGACUUCUGUUAGCCU